AUGUCGUUGACUGAAUUCCCCCUAGCGUCACGCGAUGAGCUGUUGAAGGUGUACGGCAAUUCUUCCCUGCAGGACUUGCCCGUACCAUCGGCAAUCAUUGAUGUGGCCAAGAUCAAGGAAAAUUGUCAGGCUAUGCUCAAUGCCGUCCAGCAACUCGAUGUCAGCUUUCGUGCACAUAUCAAGACUCACAAGACUACCGAGAUGACCAAGUUGCAAGUUGGUGAGAAUUGCGAAGAUGUGAGACUGGUUGUUUCUACCAUCAUCGAGGCCGAGCAUGUGGUACCUCUGCUACUAGAAUACCAGGGUCGUGGCGCAAAGGUGAAUGUUCUUUAUGCGAUGCCUCUAGGCCCCUCUCAAGUCACUCGUUUAGCAUCAGUUGGUCGUCGCCUGGGGCCGGGCGCGGUCAGUGUCAUGAUUGAUCAUAUCGAGCAAUUCAAGUCCUUGAAAGAGUACCACCAACAGGCCGGAUUUCCCGCAUGUGUCUUUCUGAAAACGGAUUGUGGUUAUCACAGAGCCGGGCUUACUCCAGAGUCGAAAGAAAUGGUUGGUCUCGUUCAAGCAGCCAGCGACGGUGAAAAGGAAGGUUUCUUGACAUUGUUGGGAUUCUACUCACACAACAGCUUGUCGUAUGGGAGUUCUUCACCCGACGACGCGAUGGACAUGCUUAAAGUGGAGAUUGAAGUUUGCCAUCAAGCGUCGAAACACUUCCUGGCAGAUCGACAAGUCCCAUUAGUGCUUUCGGUGGGAGCGUCCCCAACGGCAUUGUCGCUACAGAAUAUUCUUCCUGCAAACUCGUCCACGACAGCGUCCGCCAAAUUGCUAAAGGAGAGCCUGCAGCUAGCCAAAACCAAUUUGGAGUUGGAGAUACACGCAGGGGUAUACCCUACAUUCGAUAUUCAACAAGUCGCAGCCAGCAGUCGACAUAUGGAUAAAGACCCUCACGAGGCCAUUGCAGUGUCAAUUCUAACAGAGGUUUGUUCUCUCUAUCCGUCUCGAACAGAGCAACCAGAAGCCCUCGUCUCCGCGGGAGGUCUUGCUCUGGCCCGGGAACCUUGCAAGGAUUAUCCCGGGUGGGGAGUAAUAAGUCCUUGGAACAUGUCAUCUGAAUACAGCAUCAAACCAGAGGACCGUAUCAUUGUCAAUCGCAUUUCUCAGGAACAUGGUAUUCUAGCUUGGGAGAAGAACGGUCCGACCAGACCACAGCUACCACUCGAGUACGGUCAGAAGCUGCGAAUCUGGCCCAAUCACGCGUGUAUUACUCUAGCACAAUUUGGAUGGUAUUUGAUCGUGGACUCUACCACUGACACACCUGACAAGGUGAUUGACGUUUGGGUCAGGUGGCGUGGAUGGUAG